AUGUCUGACGCGAAUGCCACCACGCCACGGGUAUUUAUUGCCCGCCACGGAGAGACGGAGUGGACUAUAUCCGGCCAGUGCACGGGCAACACGGCAGACAUCCCCCUUACUGCUCGAGGCGAGGACCAAGUCCGGGCCACGGCAGCCCUGCUCGUGGGGGCGGGAAAGCUGAUCGACCCGGCGAGGCUGGCGCGGGUGUUUUGCAGUCCCAGACAGAGGGCCGUGCGGACCAUGGAGCUGCUCCUGGGUGAGGAGGAUGCUGCUGCUGCUCGGGCCAGCGCGAGCAAGGGUGAUCGGACUGAACAUGCCAGCAGGGUCGUGCUCACCGAGGACAUCCGCGAGUGGGACUAUGGCGCUUACGAGGGGCUGCGACCAGGUGAGAUUGCGGAGCGAAGGCGCAGCCAGGGUAAGGGCAAGUGGGAUAUCUGGGUCGAUGGAUGCGAGGAUGGAGAGAGGCCCGACCAGGUGGAAGCCCGUUUAGACCGCCUUAUCGCCGAGAUCAAGGCGAUCCAGGCUCCGGUGAUACAUGGUGGGCCAGCCCCUGAUGUGUUGAUUGUGGCCCAUGGCCAUAUCCUGCGAGCUUUUGUCAAACGGUGGCUGCGGUUCCCAAUGAACUUUGCCUUUGCGCAGAUGAUGGAACCCGGGGCCAUUGGCAUUCUAAGCUAUGCCCACCAUAACAUUGAAGAGCCGGCUCUCCUGGUUGGGAUGGGGUUUCCAGCAAGUUCUUGA